AUCCGUUCGCCGAUAAGUACGAUAUCCUUUUUUUGUGGCGAAGUUGUCAUUCCUUCUGUGACGUUGAAAAGCAAGCAACAGUUGAUUACCGAGUGUGACAGAAUGUUGAAGUUCCACGUGCUGUGUGCCGUUGUUCUUGUGGUCUGCCUGACCUGGGGGGAAGCGUUACCCGUUAAGGAACAGGACGUUGAGGAUUUAAUAUAUAAACUGCAACAAUUAAAGCAGCUGAAUGAUGCACCUUCAACGGGAGAAUCGUCGUUUGACAAAGGAGGCGGUGAAAAAGAAAAAAGCAUACCCAUCAACAGUCACCUGGCAGCUACAUCGCGAUCUUCUUCCUCUGGAACUCCGAAAGCUAAACGAUCGCUUAAUAACUCCGACCGCCGGACGCUCUUGUACCAGUACUACGCCCGGGGACUUGCCCCGAUGUACGACAAACGCAAUUUCGAUGAGAUCGACCGUUACUCCAAGUUCAGUGGCAAACGGACAAGGUACGACAUGGAUGACCUGAAUCAGGCGUACAAGCGAAAUUUCGAUGAAAUCGAUCGAUGGGCUAAUUUCAACUCCCGCCUUAACAAUGACCCCCGGCAGUCCGAUUACGUGAAGCGCAACUUUGAUGAGAUAGACCGGUACGCUAAGUUCAAUAAACGCACAAAGGAGUUCUUCGAUGGAAAACCAGUUAGUGGUUCCAAGCACGACAGCCAGCUAGCGGACGAAAUGGGCAUCAUCAAUGAAUACUCCCUGUAAGAGAUAUACUGAGACAGGAAAAAGAAAUGGCAAAUUGAAAAACAUUUGAUUAGUAAAUGUUAAACUAGAAAGAUAUUCAUUUAAUAAUGUUGGAUUGUCGCAUAAUAGCACUCAAUUAAUUGACCAAAAAAUAUAAAAAAAGGCUUAUUGGAAUGAGAUUCAUAAUUUUAAAGAAGGGCUGGUAGAUUUGUGAUUUUUCGCUCAGUAUUGUAAUAGAAAAUGGAGUGUUGUAAAUACUCAGUUGUUAAACUAAUUAUCAAUCAACAUAAUGAUGUUUAAUAAACACUUGCAUUACUGUGAAUGAACUGUAUCGAUAUUGUAACUGAAAAUUAUAUUUGCCAAAAACAAAAAAAAUCGUUAAGAAGCUGUGAAAGCAUACGAAGCGCUCCAUAAUUUUAUUACUGUUAUAGACAAUGGAAGCUUUGAAUACGGUUGUCGUUUUUUUUAAACAAGAGGAAGCAAAAUGUAAACAAGUGGCGUUGCAGGUUUGGAUUCGUCAAAAAUGGUGCAACUUUAUUUUAAUAUGCGGUAAUGUUGACAGUGAAAUGUGGUGUUCAAUGUUCAUCAAUCGUUCCAGCCACCAUAAUUCAUUUCGUGAGAAAACUACCAACUCUAUCAAAAAUGGCUUUGCUCGACACCUUUUCACCUUUUUUAUAAAUAUAAAAUAUAGGUAUAGAAUUCGCACAAAUAUUUGCACACAUGCGUACGUAUAAUAAUACAAAUAUACAUAUAUAAGUUACGUCAAUGGAGGUUUGGGUGUAUCAAUCGAUUCAGGUCAACGAACUGAGCAAAUGUCCGGGUGUGUAUGUGUGUGUGCCUGGGGAGCGGGUCAUAUCGCCGAAAGCCAUUUCGCCGAAAGUCGUUUCGCCGAAUGCCAUUUCGCCGAAAGUCGUUUCGCCGAAAAGGUCAUUUCGCCGAAAGUCGUUUCGCCGAAAGGGUCAUUUCGCCGAAAGGGUCAUCUCGCCGAAAGGGUCAUUUUGCCGAAAGGGUAAUUUCGCCGUAAGGGUCAUAUCUCCUGCAUGUUAUGUCUCCUGUAUAACUGAUGUGGCGCAGCCACAUAACCGAAGCCAAGAUGGCUCGGCGGCACAAAGCCGCCGAGCCGACGCCAGCUGAGUCGGCCACCGACCCGCCGUCGGAAGCGGCGGCCUCUUGCAUACAAACCUGUAACCGCCUCGUUUGCCCGGUCUACUCAAAGCUAGGUUUCUUUGCUUUAGUUAGGUCCGAACGAGCGGUAGCGAGGUCGGACAGCACAUGAACCAAAACGAUGUGGCGUAGCCGCAUUAGUAUUUUUUUCAUUUUCACUUAAUAAACGGAAAAUACCACCUACAUUUGCCUGGUAAAUAUAAACUGGUAGAUACUUACUAGCUAAUAGUCAACAAGUUUUCUUGGGAACUACUUUCUGAGGUUCAUGAAUCAAUCUUUAUUCAAGAGUACAACAAUCAAUUCUAAUUACGAUUUCAAGACGAUUUCAGGAUUCGGCGAAAUGACUUUUUCGGCGAAAUGGCUUUCGGCGAAAUGGCAUUCGGCGAAGUGACCCAUUCGGCGAAAUGUCAUUCGGCGAAAUAACCCUUUCGGCGAAAUGACUUUCGGCGAAACGGCUUUCGGCGAAAUGGCUUUCGGCGAAAUGACCCUGAUCCGUAAAUGGAGGUUUGGGUGUAUCAAUCGAUUCAGGUCAACGAACUGAGCAAAUGUCUGGGUGUGUAUGUGUAUGUGCCUGUAUGUGUGUUGAAUGGUUUUGAGAUUGGAUGUUUACUUGCUGAAUUAUACGAAGUUUUAUGUCAAAAUUUUCAGUUUUCUGACAAUAUCUAUCACAAUUGAGUUUAAAACAGAAUAUGAAUUUGAACUUAGAUUUCGCACGCUAAUAGCUAUCCAACAAGCCAUAAAUUGUUAAAAUCCGUCUAUUUUCAACAGAGAUAUCAAUAUUUUUGUGUAAGCGACUUUUCGUCUUAUUGCAGUAGUAGUAGUUUUACGCGCUUAAUGACAAAGCGAUGUUUCGAAGUUAAGUGAAACAGGAUUUUCAAUACUGUUUUAUGCAACUGUUUCUUAGCACCUUAGCACAGACUUUUUUCAUGAUGUUUCGGUUUUUGCACGGUUCGUUUUUGGCAACAUAAUCGUUCCAACAUGAUGUAUGUGUUAGAAAGAUGACAGUAUUUUCAAAUUCAAAACAAUUUCAUAUUUAUUUUGAUUUAUACUGCUUGCAACAAUAAUUGCUGGAAGGACGAAACUUCUUACACCCUUAAACCAUUUGAAGAAGUUCGUCGAAACAAUCAAAUUUGUGUGUAAAAAAUAACUCCAUUAUUUUUCUUGGAGAUGGUUUAACUAAUUUCUACAAACUCAAACUCAUAUGAACAGUCCUAUCUCCCAUAUAAGUUUUCUGAAGUUCUAAAACUACAGGAUGACAUAUGCAACGAAAUUAAAAUAAUGUCACACAUAUUGCUAGUAGAUGGCUGAACCGAUUUCGUCCAUUUA